UCAACAGUCGGCGCCACCCUACAAGGCCAAAGCGUGGCUUUAGUUAGAGAGAGAGAGAGAGAGAGAGAGAGAGCUUGAGCGAUAUUUGUAUAUCAGUUUUAUUUUUUUUAUUUUUUAAUUUUUUUAUUUUUCUGCGUGAGGCUUAAGCGGAAGGCGAAGAGGAGAGAGUGGGUGAUCAGGUGCGGCAGAGAGAUCAGAGAUGGAUCCAGACUCGUUGGCUAAGGCAUUCGUGGAGCACUACUACUCGACGUUCGAUACGAACCGUGGGGGAUUAGCGAGCCUUUACCAGGAUGCGUCCAUGUUGACUUUCGAAGGUCAGAAGAUCCAAGGGUCUUCGAACAUCGUGGCCAAGCUUAACAGCCUACCCUUCCAACAGUGCAACCACAGCAUCAGCACCGUUGACUGCCAGCCCUCUGGUCCCGCCGGUGGUAUGAUCGUCUUCGUUAGUGGUAACCUACAGCUCGCCGGUGAACAACACGCUCUCAAGUUCAGUCAGAUGUUCCAUUUGAUGCCAACACCACAAGGUAGCUUUUAUGUGCUUAAUGACAUCUUCCGUUUGAACUAUGCUUAAAGGCAGUCAUAUCUCUCACAUUUGGCGAAGGGUGGGAAUAGUUGUCGCCAUAUUUUCUCCAAAUUAAGAGAGUUUGCUUAUCCAUUUACUUCUAGACAUCUCAAAUGGAAAGUGGGAUUUUCUAUGGUUGAUUAUGUUUAGUGUUUCAAUGUGCCUUUUCUGUCUCCAAAAUUCAGAGUUUUUCAUGGUUAUGAAAGAUACUUUUUUCUGGAUAAGUGUCCAAAUGAAUUCUGAAGUUUUGAAGACCUUUAGACCAUGUGGUUUUUCCUGUCAAGUCCGAUUAGUGUUUCGGAGUCGCAAUUACUGCCAAUCAGAUUGUGUAUUUAUAUUAUUGGUUAUGAAUCUUUUUAACGUAUUACCAAAAUGUUUAUCUGGUUGGUGGUUUUUUGAUUA